AUGGGGCCUUUCAAACGAGAAGUGGUCGAGCUGUACUUCAACCACAUUCACUACCAUUUUCCCAUCCUAGAUGAGGAGAUGUGUGAGAUGCUGCGGACAGGGCAAUACGGCAGAGUACCAAACAAUUUGAUGUGUGUCAUCUUCGCACUUGCAUCGCCACACUGGGCCAAGUCAGAUACCCUGAAGAUGCACCCCAAACCAAACUCAUACUACGUUUGGAACAAGGCUAUCUCAGCGACUCUGGAGGACUUUCUCAGCCCUGGAAUGUCUACUAUUCAAGCUGCAGUGUUGGACCAGGUUGGGCGGCCUUCGGUCUCUAUUAUCGGCAACAUCACGUUAUGUGGCCGGACCGUAUCUCUGGCGCAGACAUUUGGGCUGCACAGAGACCCAUCAAAGUGGAACAUUACAGAGAACGAGAAGUCAGUCCGGAUGCGACUGUGGUGGUGCGUUCUCAUCACGGACCAAUGGUCUAGUGUCGCAUAUGGCGCACCACCGUAUGUGUCAAAAGGCUACUACGACGUACCGCGACCGACCGUGAGCUCGCUCAUUGGCACAAAGGCGACCUCACAGCAGAAGCAGACUACCACCUGCUUCAUACAUCUAUGCUCUUUGACGGAGCUGCUGGCCGAAAUCUUACCCUUCGUUUACCAGAUCAGUCCAGAUCGAAUACAACUCGCCCGGGAGAUUGAUCGCUUCAAGCACGAGCUAGACGAUUUAGAAUCACAGCUACCGGAAUGGCUCCCUCUUCCAAAUCGACCGGGUACACCCAUGCUAUGGCUCUCGUUCCUCUCGAUAAGGCUUGUACUUGCCCGUCUCAUCUUCCGCGCAGCUGUCCUUGAUGGAGACGGCAGUAUAGGGCGAAGUCGAAUGGACCAGUUGCGCAUCGCAUCAUCAGCAGUCCUCGACUUCAUAUUGACCAUGGGCGAAACCCAGUUCCUGGACUUUUGGCUGCCCUAUGCGACACACCUCUUAGUGCAUGCAAUCACCGUGUCGCUGCGCUGUACUGUCGAGACUCAAGAUCCUGAAAUACGAAACGCAUGCGUCUCGCGCCUCGAAGGCGUCAUUGCGCAUAUUCAACAUGCGCGAGACAACUACGACUGGGACCUCGCAAACUACUGUUUGGAGCGCUGCGCUGAUCCUGUGUCGAAAAUCGCAUCGCUGAACGCACGAGAAGCGCCGCAGCCAUCGGAGACGGAGCUUACCAGCGUUGCGCCUAAUGGAAAUGGGAUCGAUGUGCAGGUGAUGCCUAAUUUCGACGACGCGACAUUCUUGUUGUCGGACAUAUUGGAUCCGAACGCUUUCGAUUUCUCUUGGGAUGCGCUGUGGGAUACGCCGUCUGGAAUGACGAAUUUCUCUUUAUAG